AUGGCCGGCUUUACACAGCCAGACGAAGGAUACUCGGAAGACCCACUGACCGUUCUCUCGGCCUCCGCCUCAUUCCUACUCAAGCCCCGGGUGGAUGCAGUGUCGGCCUUGGGUUCUGUUCGGUCGGGCGACGAGUUCCCGGCAUGGCUGACACAACACAUCUCCCACCUUCCCAUGUCUCGGAAAACUGAACUGGCAAUGGCCAUCCUAAGCGACCUGCCCACGAGCGUAAUAUCGCAGAUCGUGGAGCAGCUGAACCCUCGCCUCUACAUCGACUUUGUCCGCCAUCUCCCCGCCGAAAUCUGCCUUAAGAUAUUAGGCUACCUCGAUCCUGUCUCCCUCAUCAACGUCGCAAGGUCCUGCCGCACCUGGCACGACUUGGCCUUGGACCGGAAGUUAUGGGAGCAGCUAUACUAUAUGGAGGGAUGGAAGGCAAAGCCAGCCGAGAUCGAGGCGUGGGAGCGCAGGAUCAACGGCGACUUGCCUACGCUAGGCCAGCUACAUCGUGUACAGUCGGAGGAAUAUGGCCACACCCAUAAGAAGCGUACUGUAGCCGCAACGCCCGAGCCUGAUGUCGAUACCGACAUGGUAAUGGCGGACGCCGAAAGCCCAGCUAAGCAGGAUCCUGUCGAUCAGGACAUGACGGGGUCUAGUCUCUUUGGAAACCCGACUGCGGCGGGCCAAACCGGCAUCUCGCAGAAAACGAACGACUCCGACAUGUUUAACGGAGGCUCUAGGUCGAGUUCGAAGGGCAAAGGCGUCAACCAAGCUAAUCUUUCCGCAGAUCCGUCACACAUAAGGGACGAGCUCCUGCGAGACUUGAUGCGCUCUCAAGGACUACUCAAGUCAACCAUGUGGGUGUGGGACGAGACCGACCAGCGUUUCAAGAUCAACUGGAAAUAUCUUUACACGAUACGACGGCGGCUCGAGUCAAACUGGGAGUUGGGUAAGUUCACCAACUUUCAGUUCCCCCACCCCGACCACCCCGAGGAAGGCCAUGGCGACUGCAUCUAUAGCCUGCAAUACAACUCGCAGUAUCUUGUCAGCGGUAGCCGAGACCGCAAGCUCAAGAUAUGGGACAUGGAUACGCGGCGCUGCAUCCGUACUCUUGCGAAGCAUCGCGGGUCAGUUCUCUGUCUGCAGUUUGAUUCGGAUCCUCAGGAAGAUAUCAUUGUGUCGGGGAGCUCAGACUCGGAUGUCAUAAUCUGGAGCUUCUCCACCGGAAAGGAGCUCCAGACCCUACGGCACGCACACCGAGAAUCCGUGCUCAACGUCAGAUUCGACAAGCGUAUUGUGGUGACGUGCUCCAAGGACAAGACAAUAAAGGUCUUCAAUCGGCGACCCCUCCGUUACGGCGAUCUGGGGUACAAGGAGGUGGACCCAGUGCCGAAGAACGUGAACUUUGGUUUCAACUUUAACAUAAUUCCUGACGACUUGCCUUUGACACCGGCCUGGACAAUGAUCGGCUCCCUUGAAGGGCACGGCGCCGCCGUGAACGCUGUGCAGAUCCACGAUAGGGAAGUUGUUUCGGCAAGCGGUGAUCGCCACGUCAAGGUGUGGGACUGGCCAACCCAGUCGUGUACACGAACAUUCGUGGGACACCAAAAGGGAAUCGCGUGCGUGCAGUACGAUGGCCGCCGCAUUGUCAGCGGAAGCAGCGACAAUGAGGUCAAGGUUUUUGAUCGCCAGACCGGCCUUGAGGUCGCCCGCCUCCGCGCCCAUUCUAAUCUGGUGCGGACAGUCCAGGCUGGCUUCGGAGACAUGCCCUACAGCGUUGAGGACGAUGCGGCCGAGGCGAAGAAGGUCGAUGCGGAAUACUUCAAGGCUCUCGAGUCUGGCCGUCUCGACGAAUCCGAGCGUCCCGGGGCGCGGCCUUACGGAAACGCAGGCUCUAGGAGGCCUGAGGACAUUUGUGUGUAUGGAGCAAAGUUGCCACCUGGAGGCGGAGGAGGUAAAUACGGGCGUAUCGUUAGCGGCAGUUAUGAUACCAGCAUCAUAAUCUGGCGGAGAGACAAGGAAGGGAUCUGGAAGGACCAACAUCACCUUAAGCAGGAAGAGGCGGCCGUUGCAGCUUUGCGCCAGGCACGGAUCCCAGCCCCAUUAGUCCCGUCCACUGCCGUCGGCAACAUCCCGCUAUAUCCGUCGAUGCAACCAAACAUUAUGCUCCCGAAUGCAAGCUGGGCCCCGGGUGCUCCACCGGCCUCCGGAACUGCCGGAGCAGGCCCUUCGGCAGCCAACUCCACCACGCGGACCCAAUCACAUUACCACCAAAUAAUCGACAUUGCGGUGCAGGAAGGCCAGCAGUCUCUCUCGCGAGCUCUCGUUGCCCACCCGGCGAUCCUCACGCUACGGUCCUACGCCGAGAGGGCGAUCGAUAGCCAGCCGAGCCCGGUCGUCAGGAGCCAGCUCCGACAAGCCUUUUCGGCCAUGCUAAUCCGAGCACAGUUCGAGCAAGCGCGGCAGAGACGCGAAGCAAUACGGAUGCAGGAGAGCAUGGCACCGGCCGAUGCUACUGCCAUGGCUGGACCUAGCACAAGAACGGCAACCGCUACUCAGCCACCCCCUCAAUUGACACCCGCAAUGGCGGCGGUGGUGGAGGCGGCAGCAGCGCACCAAGCGCAUGCCCAGCACGCCCCAACUCAUGGGGUGCGCUUGCACCAGGUACCGUCCCCCACUUCUACUUGUCUUGAGAAUGUCCAGCCCUCCUCGGAGCACCAUCUGCCCGUGAGACAAUCUUUUCACGGCCGUGAAGGUGUUAACACAGCGUUUGUGUUUAAGCUACAAUACGACGCCCGCCGCAUCAUCUGCUGCAGUCAAACCAGCGUCAUCAUUGGUUGGGACUUUUGCAACGCGGACCCGGAACUUGAGGAGGCGAGCCAGUUCUUUGCCACUGUCCAGUAG